UAUAUAAAUUCAGCUAUGCCUUAAGUAACAUCGCAAAACUUGUCAAUACCGUUCCAAAUUCUUAUCACCGUCACGUCGAAAAUGAAGGCGAUAGAAACACGUUUUAACUACAAGCGGCCCUCACAGUCUUAUAGCUCUUGCGUCCAUCGUAACAUAAAGUGUUUAGUUGUUCACGAGUUAAUCGCGCGGUAAAACAAUUAGAACAGUCAACGCACAAUUAAGUGUGUAGAAUAAUAACUAGUACAUUAACAGCCUAUUGCAAAACAAAUAUUUAAUAAACGCGAUGUGAUGUAAUUAUUUGAUAAAUAUUUAGUUUAAACAGUUUACCGCGAACUUUGUUGCUGUUGACUCAAUACAAGAGAUAAUAAUCGCAGCGCUGUUGAUUUAGUUCUCGACAUGAAUUGUGUCGUGUUUAGAGUGAAAGUGUUGGUGAGGAUUUUGCUUGAAGCGAUACGUCGGGGAAGGAAAACGGCGAAGAUUGUGAAAAAAGGUGUUAAGGUAAUAAUAGAAGAGCCACAGAAGACAAUGUCAGUGAUCCUGGAUGCUAUCGACCUUGAGCGGGAGUAUUCUCCAAGCCGGUGGUCCACCAGGUUCCCUACUGCCAACGAGGUGCUGCAGAAUCAUGUCAAGCUUGUUACAGCAGCGAGUGAAGACGCAACGAACAACAUCCCACACAAACUGGAGAUCGAAUACGGAUCAACACCAGGACAGAAGCUGGAUAUACUUGGAACUGAUUUACCAAAUGACGCGCCAAUCCUAGUGUACAUUCACGGCGGUUACUGGCAGGAGUUGUCCCGGGAGGUUUCCCGGUAUCCCGCAGCGCCCCUCUACAAGUUCCGGGUUAAGACCAUCGUGGUCGGCUACGACCUCUGCCCCACAGCAACUCUAGUCGAUAUUGUCAACCAAAUACGAAACGCAGCCAGAUUCGUGUUCGAGUACGCAGAAAAAAUGGGAUCCAAAGGAGUGUACUUUGCUGGGCACUCGGCAGGCGCUCACCUCGUUGCAAAACUCCUUUCCAGCGCCGACUUCUUUGAAAACACUCCAGGAUCUCACCGCCUGCAGGGCGCAUUCCUCAUCUCAGGAGUAUACGAUUUACGAGAACUGGUCCAUACAUCUGUGAACGAAGCAGUCCAGUUACCUAACGAAUGGGCUGUGCCUUUAUCACCGCAGUUCGACGACUACACACAUCUGCAAGGAAGAAGGAUUCGUCUGUACAUACUGGCUGGACAAAAUGACAGUCCCACUUUCAAAAAGCAAUCCAGAGAGUUCUACGAGAUUUUGCACAACACCUGUCUUAUGCAGAACAUGUAUUUAGAAAUUAAAGAUGGUAUGGAUCACUUCGAUAUCGUUGAAUGUCUGUCUAACGAGGAUAAUUACUUGAGGAAUCUGUUGAUACAUGAUGUUCGUAAGCAUUUGUGUUAAGUGGAGAUUCUGAUGACGCGAAUGAAAGAAAUGGACGGAAAUAGUUCAGUAAGGAUUUGUUGAAUUUUGGAAUGAAAUAUAUGAAAGAUUUGAAAUUGCUGGUAAAAAUAUAAUACGAUAAAAUUACCUAGCUGCAUUGUUUAAGGUAAUCAGGGUAAGAAAGUCUCAUGAAUAUUUUUUAGAUACGCUAGAUGUAGAAAUAAUUAAAGUAGUGUUAAAAAAUGAACUUUUUUAUACCAAAAUCAAUGACUUUUACACUUUUAUAAAAAUUGCAUUUUAGGGUUGUGGGAAUGAUGUGAAAACGGUCAAUUUUAGUUCUCAUAGUGUUUAAUCACGUUAUGUUGUUGUAUCUACUGUGUCCUGACUUUGACUUAGGUCAUUCUUUGCAUAUAACCUUAUUAGGUAAACCUCUUUAGAGAUUUAAAUGCUUUUAAUCCUCGGAUACAAAUAAAUGGCAAUUCAAUUCAAUUUGUAUCAAGUCUUUUAGUAGUAGUACCUACAUUAUGGAUAAAAAAUAGCACUUUAUGGUGCAUAUUUCUUAUAUUAUUAUUUUAUCAUAAUACAUAAAGCUGUUGUAUAUUUAGUCUAGAUAUUAUAUUGUGUUGUUAUAACCUUUAUUAUAGGUGAUUUAUUUGGAAACGAGUGAGGCAGUGAAGUCAUAAUAUAGUUUUAUAACUAGUCGUUAUAAUAAAGUCAUGUUUAUGUUGUUAUUUAACAUAAUUAUACUUUUGAUGUUGCUUUAAAUUUUAUCGUUUUAUACGUCGGAUAUUGCAUCAAUAGUUUUUUUAUGUGCAAUCGCAUUUGUCUUUCAAUAGCGAUGUUGACCUGGUGUGAAAAUUCUUUAUUUACAGAAGUAUAGGUAAUUAUUUAUUUUGUCUUUCAAAUCUAUAUUGUAGUAAACUUAUAAAAAAAGAAAAGAAAAUAUAAUACUAUUAAAAGAGUAACAUGAAAACUGUUCAGUCCAGCUGAAAAAAUUUGAAAAUUUUGAAAAAAAAAUUAUUUUAUUUUUAAUUACUAUCUAUCAUUUAAAUAGUAACGUUGUUAUAAUUUAAGUCAACUUGUGUUUUCAAUUCACAACAUCGACAUCCCGUUUGCGAAGCUUUUACGUUUAAAAUCCUUUGCACGUACAGUUCAGCAACAAAUUAGCAUAAGUUUUGAUAGCUUUUGUAUGAUGAUUAUAUUUAUCAAUGUAAUUAGUUUGUAAGUUUCUGUUGUCCAUGUACGAAGUAAGAAUUAGGUUAUAUUACAAUAAGUAAAGAACAAAUUAUACAAUUUUGUACACGA